CGUUUUUUGAUAAAAUUACGCUACGCAAUAUUAUAAUUAGAGAAUUGCAAAAACUCAUUGAUUUAAUGAUCGAAAGUGUGAACUAUGAAGUAUUCAAUAUUUCUGUGUGUGAUUGCUAUUGUGGCCACGAAUCAGCAAAAGUCCAUAUUAAUUAAUCCAGCAGUCUCCUAUACUCCUUGUAUUGGUGAUUAUGAUAUUAACAUUAAUUAUGAACCUGGAUUACCUCCGGAUGAAGAAAAUAAAUACCAACUUAGUAUAAGCAAAGAGUUUCCAUUGCAUACUAAUAUAGUAAUCACAUUUGAUACUGAUGCAAGCAUUACGCUGAAUGAUAAAAGCUUUGCAAGGAUUUCUCUCAACCCUGAUAAUUCCUUUACUAUACGAUUUUUUAAAUCGAACGAUGGCAUUCGCUUGACUGUGAAGGGGCUUACACUGGGCAUAGUUCCCUAUAUAACUAGCCUUACUAUAAAUUCUCAGGAAUAUUGCACCCAGCCGUAUUUGGGAUACCUAGACACAUACAUACAAGGAUACCUAGAUACGGCAGAAAGUCCAGAUCGGAAACCACAAGGAAACUGUGGAAGACGGCAAGUAACGCACACAGAGUUGAUUGUCAAUGGAGCCAUGACAAAGCCAGGAGACUGGCCUUGGCAUGUAGCGCUGUACAAAAUUGACGUUUCUACUAUAAAGUACAUUUGUGGUGGAACACUUAUUUCCAAGAAUUAUGUGUUAACCGCUGCACACUGUAUUACAUUAAGAGGUGUUCCUGUACUGCCAGAGUCUCUGAGUGCGGUCCUUGGGAAAUUCAAUCUCAUUGGAGGAGACACUGAUUCCCAGGAAAGAGAAGUAUUCAGUUUAAUUGUUCAUAACGAAUUUGACCAUCGACGUUUGGAGAAUGAUAUAGGUUUACUAAAACUAAAAUCAGAAGCAGUAUUUAGUGAUUACAUACAACCAGCCUGUCUAUGGUAUCCAAAAGCCGUUGAUAAACUACCAAGUACAGAGAUUUUUGGAACAAUCGUAGGAUGGGGAUUCGAGAAUACUGACGCCUUAGCACCACAGCUGCGAAAAGCUAAAAUGCCAAUAAUAUCAGAGAGCACAUGUAUUAAGAGCAAUCCUGUCUUCUACUCUAAACUUCUUACGAACAACAAAAAAUUCUGUGCGGGCUAUCGUAAUGGAACUUCAGCAUGCAAUGGCGAUAGCGGAAGCGCUUUCCAAGUUUUCCUUCCAGAUACAGCAAGGGAUGACAAUCCAGACGCUGUUGGAUCUUGGUACGUAAGAGGAAUCGUGUCUGUCACGUUGUCAAGAAUAGACGUUGCUUUAUGCAAUCCAGAUGAAUACGUUGUUUUCACUGACGUUGAAAAGUACAAACCUUGGAUCGAUAACUAUAUCACGUGAAAUUAAAUACCAACCAUUAUUAUUUAUUUCUCACGUAAAUAAAUAAUAUUUUUAUAAGCGAAUUUGUUUUUUAAUUUAGUUUUUAACUGGAAGAUUUUUUCUUCUAUGUGUAAAAUAUAUUUUUA